AACCCACAAAACUUCCCAUCAAAUUGCCUGAUGGUAAAAUAAGACAUCAAGAGUCUAAUAAUGACUCUAGCAAUGAAAAUGGCGAAAAAAAAGAAAAUUCAUCUUCAGAUAGUGAUAAUCUUGAUGAGAAUCUGCAAGAUGACAUGAAGGCUAAUGAAGCAGAUGAGGAUGUUGCCGAAUUCAUUUCCAUACAAAAUAUAUCAAGCAGUAAUGAUAUCACUCAGAAGAAAGAAGAGUUGGCCACAAUAGCCCAAAUGGUUUCCGAAGAAGUCAGAAAAUUGCGGCAUUUUGAACAAAGUCUUAUAUCUAAUUAUCAGGCUUAUUUAAGAUCUCUGGAAACUGAAUUAAAAGCAAGUUUGGAUGCAGUUAAAUUAAUAACUAAGAUGAUUAAAACCAAAAGCUAUGUUGUGCACGAAGAGGUUUUAAAUACUUUUUUGCACCUCCGACUAAAAGAAGAACUAAGUGUAAAAGCAUUAAAUAAUAAGGAUUCCGUUAAUAUUAAAACCAAAGGUAAAAAGAGGAAGUUUGAUAAACAAGGAUCAAAAAAGCAUUUGUCAAAAAAAUUGAGAAAAUUGUAUAAAGAGAGAAAAGAAGUUGAAAAGGAAAUGAAAGAGGCUGAGGCCGUUGUGAAUAGAGAGGAAAGAGAAAAAACGGUAGGUUAUUUUCAUCAAUGA